CUCCCCUGGUCUACUCCCCUCAACUGGCCAGUCAGGUCCACAGGGAGCUGUGUUUGUGGUUUUCAGGAAGAUUACAAGGAGGAAGUGCACAGAGUCACAGCCAGCCUCUGAAUAGAGUUGUGCCUUCGGAUGACAGAGUCAGAGGCAGCCUGUUCAGUUUAAGUAGAUCGUCUGCCUUUCUGUGUGCUACAACUAAAGCUGACAUACUCCUCGUGGCGUCGCCUGUUGUGUCUCCAUGUUGUUAUGGCCAAGUGUUGGCUGUUUGUGAACGUAGAGGCUUCAGUCUGUUGGGGCUGCAGACACUUCGGCUUCAGAGACAUGGAGCUCCAGGCCUCGGACUCACCAACCAGCAGACAAAUGUGUUCUGCAGUCCACCCACCGUGACCCUGGAUCAGGAGGUGGACCUUCCCUCUCAAUGUCUGGUGUUGAUACUGAGGAAAGAAAAUGCGGUGCACCACAGUGUUAGUCUGCCUGCAGCUCUAAUGAGAGAAUUUAAGGCUCAAAAGCUUGUGGGCUGCCUCCACUCCAGGCUUAAUGGUGUGGACACAGUAGAGCCAAGUUUCUGUUUCCAUACUGUGCCCUACAGCCGUAACCUGUUCCACAUCUUUGUUCGGUCCAUGUGGACAGUGCCAGAUCCUCCUGGUGUGAUCCUGCCCCAUCACAAGUGUCUGUCCAAUUCUGAAAUGGAGCAGGUGGUGAUUUUGACCCUGUGUGGGAAGGACAUGAGCCAAGGCCUGAGCCUCCUACACAGAGUGCUGACAGAAGGGCCAGAAGGCGAUGCACAACACGCACAUUUCAAGCUACUUGGUUUGAAGUGGCUGCCCGUGCUGACUCGACUUCAGGCCCAGGAGCUGAGUCCUUACGAGGUGGGAGAGCAGCUCUACCGCUGCAGCCAGGAAAAUCUGAUGUCCUCUCCUGCUCUAGUGUGUGCUCUCAGACGGAUGGAUGCUUUUGCUUCACUGCAAAAGCUCCUACCGCACGAUUACCCCGGUAACCUGAGUGUCCUGAUGUCACCCACACCUGAAGUGGCCUUCAGACAAGCCUCCCUCUUCUUCUUUGACCAUGAGCUGAUUUCUGACCCACAGAUGCUGCUCACUGUGUGCCUAUUCAAGCCGAGAGUCUGGAAUCACGCUCUGACUGAAAUAUUCCACAAGCUCCAGCAGAGUGGCCUCAUGUUGGUCGGCCUGCGAGUAGUGACCCUUGGCAGGAGCGAUGCUACCUCACUACUCUCUGCAGAAAGUGAGCCCUCAGACUUGGACGCCCAUGUGGAGUGCCUGUGCUCUGGGUCCUCACUGGCUCUCUGCCUCCAGGGAGAAAACGCUGUGAAGAGGCUGCUGGACGUGCUGGGCCAAGAGGACUCAUCCCUCUGGACAGACUGUUAUGGUUCGGGAUCAUAUCAGAAAGCAGUGGAGGAUGUGAAGAGGCUUUUCCCAGAUGGGCUAUGCUGUAGUGAGAGCAGUACAAUGAGACAGGAACAGAUACUCAGCAUGUGUUCAGACCCAUUAGCCUCUGUGGAGCGUGAACAGAGCUGCACGCUGGCCGCUGUGGCCCAGGAAACUGUGUCACCUUCAAAUGCAUCAGGAACAAGACAAGGGUCCCUGAUACACAGUCCUCUCUGGCAGACAACCUGUCUGCUGAUACCCUUAGAUGCCCCACUGCUCGGCCAAGUGCGCUCCCAGCUGGAGAUGCUGGAGCAGCUGCUGAGGUCAGGCUGCCAUCUGGUGGCAGGGAGGAUGUGCAUGCUGGAUAACAAACAGAGGAAACACAUUGCUGAGACACUCAAAGUGUCAUCAAGUGGAAAUGAGAGGAUGACUCAUCUUUACAUGGCCCCCUGUCUCAUCAUGGCUCUGCAAGGGGAAAAAAUUGUAACUGCCUUCAACCUGCUCCUUGAAAGCAUUUACAAGGACAGGCCAGACCUAGAGAAUGUGGAGGAAAUGAUAAUCUACCCAGGAAGUGAGAAACAGGCUAAGCAGCUAAUAUGCUACCUGUUUGAUGCCUUGUCUCCUGAGAGCUGUCAUGCCAUUGUGCCAUAAAAGUUCAAAUGUGAACAAAACCAUUUUCUGAAGAACAAGCAGCAUCUGGAGACAUUUUCAUAAGGUGUCUGCUCUGAAUCGUUCAAUACAUAGUUGUCUCAGUUUAUAUAAAUGUUUUUCCAUACUGU